UGGUGUGCUUUAGUUGUGAGGUGCCAUUUUGUUGGCUGCAUCACUCAGAUUUGUGAAUUGCCUCCACUGUAAUCAAUGAUUUAAAAAACAAACAAAAUCGUAUCCAACUGCCAGACUUGAGGUAAAAUGUUGUCCGCCGCCCAGUUACUCGAUGAAUUAAUGGGCAGGGAUAGAAACCUAGCUCCCGACGAGAAACGAUGUGACGUCCGUUGGGACCACGAGACGGUUUGCAAAUACUACCUGUGUGGAUUUUGUCCAGCAGAACUAUUUACAAAUACACGAUCUGACUUGGGUCCAUGUGAAAAGAUCCACGAUGAGAACCUGAAAAAAAUGUAUGAGAAGAGCUCUCGCUUCAUGAAGGAUGGGUAUGAGAGAGAGUUUCUGCGCUACCUGCAGUCUCUCCUGGCUGAGGUGGAGCGGCGCAUCCGGAGGGGCCACGCCCGCCUGGCGCUGUCCGAGACGCAGCAGAACGCUGGGGGUUUGGGACCAUCAGCUAAGAAUGAAGAAAAAGCUAAAGUCUUGACUGAAAAGAUUGAGGAUCUUGUGCAACAGAUUGAGGAGCUGGGCUCUGAGGGCCGGGUGGAAGAGGCCCAGGGUAUGAUGAAACUGGUGGAACAGCUGAAGGACGACAGGGAACUGCUCAGCUCCACCCCCUCUGUGAGUAGCCCCACCACCUCAGUGCCCCCCAGCUCCACCCCCUCAGUGCUGCCCAGCUCCAACCCCUCUGCCAUCGAGAGCUUCGCCUCUCAGGAGAAGCAGAUGGAGGUGUGUGAGGUCUGCGGGGCCUUCCUCAUCGUGGGCGACGCCCAGUCCCGGGUGGACGACCACCUGAUGGGCAAGCAGCACAUGGGCUACGCCAAAAUCAAGUCCACCGUCGAGGAGCUGAAAGAGAAGCUGCAGCGGCGACCGGCGGCCGAGGCGGAGCGGGACGAGAAGGGCCGCAAGGAGAAGGAGGACCGCGAGCGCGAACGGGAGGAGCGCGAGAGGAAGCGCAAAGAGGAGGAGGAGAAGAAGGAGAAGGAGCGGGAGAAGGAGCGCGAGAGGGAGAAGGAGCGGGCGCGAGAGCGGGAGAAGGACCGGGAGCGGGAACGGGAGCGCGACCGGGACCGGGAGCGCGAGAGGGGACGCGACCGCGACAGAGAGAGAGACCGCGACAGACACGGCCGCCGCAGCCACUCCCGCAGCCGCCACUCCAGCAGACCGUCCGACCGCCGGCGCUCACGGUCCCGGGACCGCAAGUGGACCAGGAGCAAAGAGAGGGACCGCAAACGCAGCAGGAGCCGGGACCGGGACCGGAGGCGCAGCCGUGACCGCUCGGAGAGGAAGCACCGCUCCCGGAGCCGGGAGAGACGCCCGUCCCGCGGCUCCGACAACAAGAGCCACAAACACCGCAGCCGCAGCCGGGACCGCGAGCGCGAGCGCGACCGCGACAGGAAGUCCAGGGACCGCGACAGGAAGUCUCCGGAACGGGACAGGAAGUCCCCGGAACGCGACAGAAAGUCAGCGGAACGGGACCGGAAGUCCACGGAACGGGACCGGAAGUCUACGGAACGGGACAGGAAGUCUACGGAACGGGAUCAGAAGUCCGCAGAACGGGACGGGAAGUCUGGGGACAGAGACCACAAGGAGGCGGAUGAGAAGAGGAGCGGUAAGCCGGCGAAAGAGGAGUCCUCUGGGGAGGACAAGGCCGGAGACGGCGCUAACUCGGAGCCCAUGGAAGCAGAGGCCUCCGAGGCCGAGCUGAACGGAGCCACCGAAGACACGCAUUCUGAAGGUGACACUCAGUCCAAUUAAAACUGAUCUGAUAGGACCUCAGAUCAGACCCAGGGGCUGAUGGGAUACCAGGAGGAAGAGGAUCUGAAGACUUCCUGUCCUGAGCCUGCUGCUUUAAAAAAGGUGAACUACAGCUGUAGUGGCUUAGAUGCACAGAAAAAGAAAACCUGUGUUAAACGUAUCUGUUGCCCACCCCAAUUUCAGGACUUGGUGUUCUUUACAUAGCUUACUUCUUUUCUGUAGUCCCUCACAGCACACAGCCUGGAAGCACAUCGAGUGUGUCCCUUCUGGGCUUCUUAUUUUCCAUCUCCAUUUAUCCGCUUUUGUACAUGUGACUCGUUAGGUUUGUGACAUCCGGUUGUGCGUCGACUUUUUAUAGCGAAAUAUCGGUUUUCUCACGGCAUUUGUACCAGAAACGUCAAUUGCUGGAAACAUCAACUGGGUUUCCUCACUUGAAAUAUCACUUAUUUUGAUUGUUUUCUGUUUUUUGUUUUCUUAGUGUUGAGGCAAACUGAAGUACAAUUUUGCUAAUUGGAUUGAUUUUAUUCUUUUUUUUUCGUCUGAUUUUCAAAGCCUGUAAAUUUGUGUUAAUAAAAAGUACAACAUUU